AUGGCGAACCUCCAACAACAACAGCAAUCACCAAUGUUCCAAUCGCAUCAUCGUGAUUGCACCGCACAGCACCAGUCGCUUCCAGACUCCGCAUUCGACCCUCAAUCCGGCUUCAUGUUCGACGACAGCAACGAUGACGAGCUCCGCAAUAUGCAGCAGAACAUUGCCUCGCUGAAUGUGCUCGCGGAGCAGAAUGGCCAGCACUUUCCAGGCAUGCACGGCGUAAAUGGCCCAAACAUGCAUGCACAAGGCACCGCGAUGGGUGAUCAGUACGGCGCCAACUUUGUAGAUCCGUUUGUUUUUGACCAAGAUGUUUCGCCGGACUCAUCGUCGUGGCCGGCGAGUAUGAACAUGCACCCGCAGUCCAAGCAAGGCGACAUCGCCAGCCGCCGUAGCACCAGUGUCGCCCAUCAACAUGGCCAGAUAACACCGCCCGACGACAACACACCCAAAGGCUUCGCAUUGCCCUCCAAACCACUUCGUGUCGUGCCACCAUCUUCUGCUGCUGCAGUCGCGAAAUCGGAGAGAGCUCGUAACGCGGCCAAUCAGAGACACGCCAAAGCCAAGAAGGCGCGAAAGGACAGUGGUCGCGCGGUCGAGAGUCCAAAAGAUGAGGAGGAAGACGGGUUCGAGGAUAAGCGGGAGCGGUAUCGCGAGAAGAAUCGGCUGGCGGCGGCCAAGUGUCGACAAAAGAAGAAGAUUAACACCGAAGAUCUAGAAGAGUCAGCUAGAAUGGCUACAGCAGAAAACAACAAGCUGAGAGCCGAGGAGAGAGAGCUUCGUGACUUGUUCUCGAACCUGCGUAACCAGGCACUGGCACACGACCCCAGUAAAGGGUGCAACUGCAAAGCAAUCCACAACUACAACAUGCUCAAAGCAGCGGAAACUGCUCGAGGCGCGAUGAGUGGAGUUCACAUGAGAGCGAUUGCAUCGCCUUCAAUGCGAAGCUUGGAUUCGGCAUCUCCAGUGUCCAUGGGAGGAACAUCAUCGAGGACGCACUCAUUUUCUGGCCCACAGCACCCGAAGCACUCUCGGGCGCAAUCUUUGGCCGGUAUGGGUGGAAGUCGUCACUCGGUGGGUGACCACAACCAGUCCGCGUUUCGACAGCCUCCGAUAGCACAGUCGACGCAGUCUGGUCCAGGAGCCUCACAAGUUGGCGACCAGUUUUCACAGUUCAUGCGGAGAUCUUCUGACAGCCACCAGCUCGGCUUUCAACGAUAG